AUGCCAGAUAGCAGCGGCCCCAGCACCCCUCUAGCGCUGGGCAUCAAGGCAUGGGCGCAGACAGACGGGCUGCAGUGGCGCGCCGUGACGGGCGAGCCACUGGCCCCUCUGGCCGCGUUCCCGCCCCCACCGCCGGCACCGUACGUCGACCUCCGUCCAAUGGUGGACCCGAAGCCCGCGAAUGGGGCAUACACCGAGCGCGCAGUUACCGUGGACUCGCUGCACGCGCUCGACGACACCGUGGCCGCGCUCAACGAAGCCAGAAUAUCAAAGCUCGACCUGACCCUCUCGCUCGACGCCGCGCUGCACGACGCAGCCCCACAGCGGCACUACUUCUCCCGCCUCCUCUCGCGGCUCGACGCCCGAACCCUGCGCCAGCUGAGCAUCACCCACCCGCUCGAGUCGGCCGACGUGCCCCCGCUCUCCGACUUCCUCCUCUCGCCCGCUGCGCGCGGGCUCGAGUGGCUGCGCCUGUCGAGCAGCUUCGCGACGGCAGACUACGACCGCCUCGCGGACGGGGUACGCCGGAACCCGUCCCUCACCGACCUGUGCCUCCAGCGCGCGACGUGCACGCGGUUCCCGCCGUGCGUGUGCAGUCGUGCGCGGGAUCCGGGGACGACGGCGGGGCUCGCGAUCAACAGGCUGUAUGCGCUUCUGGCGAGGAACGCGCGGUACGCGCGCCGUGUGCGCGCCGCUGUUCGGCGCGUACUGCCUGUCGCGAGGGUCGUCUUGACGGCGACAAGAGGGGAGGAGGGGAACGCGUGCGCGUUCCCCCUGCUCGAGCUGCCGCACGAGCUCGUGCUCGAGGUGGUGCGCCACGCGUCGGGCGACGCGCGCGUGCUGAACGACGCGCAGUGGAGCAGGGUCAUCGCGCACGCUGAAGACCCGCGCUCUGCGGCGCGUGUAGCGCGUGGGUUGGCGAUCUCGGCCGCCAACGGCGCAGGCAUGCGCGAUGCCCGUGCCGAGUGGUUUGCCAACGGGCAGUUCUUCUGGGAACACGGGGGUAUGAAGGAGGAAGCGGAGGACGCGGGGCGCGCGGACAGCGACGACGACGACGACGCGGACUAUGGCAACGGCGUGGUCCGCUCUGGGGCCAUCUUCUUCGGGUGGUAG